AUGGUUCCUGAACAGCCACAAAAGAGCGAACAUGUCAUUGAGCUGAAACCACAAGAAGAAUUUCAACCCGUUUCCAUGGAGGUUACUCUUCCCACUGAGAAGCAACCAGUUGAGGUUCAGCAGACUGAGGUUGUGACUACUGUCAAAUUGGAAGAGGAAAUGGUUCCUGAACAGCCCCAGAAGAGCGAACAACUGAUUGAGCUGAAACCACAACAGGAAUUCCAACCUGUUUCUAUGGAAAUAACUCUUCCCACUGAGAAGCAACCAGUUGAGGUUCAGCAGACUGAGGUUGUGACUACUGUCAAAGCCGAAGAGGAGAGUGUUCCAGAGCAGCCUCAACAGGAGCUUCCCAAAACAGAAGUGGAAUUAGAGGCUGUUGAAAAGGAGAAGGAGGUGGAAGAAGUUGUAAAGCCACUGGAGAAAGUUAAGGAGGUGGAAGAAGUUCCCAAAGAGGAAAUGCAGGAAAUGCCGCAGCCGGUUGAGCAACAGACCUCAGAGACGCCGGAGUUGAAAACGUCGCAGAUGACCCAGUCGGAUGUCUUGGAAGAAACGACUCAAGAGAUGGCGGAGGAGAGGCCAGAAACACAGGUAACACCCUCGGUAGCAGAGCAGACGGAGGUGACUGCGGAAGUCAGGGACGUUCGACAGCCCGAAAUUCAGUCCUCGCAACUGAAAUUCCUGAAGCCACUGCAAGCAGAAGUUUCUGACCAGACACUUGAGUAA